GGCUCAAACCCUGUGACAGACGCUAUACUCAACACCUCUUCGAGCAGUGCUAUAUUCUGUUGUGUACUAAAUAGUGUAUCUUCCUGCAAUUGUAAGUACUCCAACAGAUCUUCCUGCUGUUAUUUGUGCUAUCCACUGUUCAACUCGAUCAUCAUUGGGUGGGUGUCUCAGCUUAUUAUAGCAUUCAAUGAGAAUUCCACUCCUUUCAUGGCUUUUCUUCAUGCCCAUAUGCUUACUUUCUCUCAGCUUCUAUGUUCCUAUGGUUUGCGGCAAAUAUCUUAACAAUCAGAAAGCCUUGUUGCUCCAAUUGAAGAAUAGCCUCAUUUUUGACAGUGCUUCAUCUACAAAAUUGGUGCACUGGAACAAAAGCAUCAAUUGUUGCUCAUGGGAAGGCGUGACCUGCAACAAGGGACGUGUUAUUGGUCUCGACCUCACCAAUAACUCUAUCUCAUGUCCACUUGACAAUUCAAGCAGCCUGUUCAAGCUUCAAUAUCUUCAGAAUCUGAAUUUAGCAUACAAUGACUUCAGCCGUUCUGAGAUUCCUUCAGAAUUUAACAAGUUGUCGAAUUUGGUUUAUUUAAACCUUUCGAAUACAGGCUUCCAAGGACAAAUUCCAAUUACAAUUUCGCAUUUAAAAGGAUUGGUUAGUCUCGAUUUAAGUGCAGAUGGGUACUACGGCGAUGACUUUUUGUUGAAGCUUAAGAAUCCAAAUCUAAAUAUGCUUCUUCAAAACCUUUCGAAGCUUACGGAACUUUAUCUCGAUGGUGUGGAUAUAUCAAUGCAAGGGUAUGAGUGGGGCCCAACAUUAUCAUUUUCACUACCAAAUCUAAGAGUGUUGAGCCUGUCAAAUUGUAAUCUGUCAGGGCCUUUUGAUCCGUCCUUGGCGAAUCUUGAAUCCCUCUCUGUUAUUGAUAUGAGCUAUAAUGAAUUAUCUGCUCCGAUUCCUGGUUUUUUGGCAGACCUAAAAAAUUUGACAACCUUGAUUUUCAGUGACUCUUCGUUGAAUGGAAAUUUUCCAGAAAGGAUCUUUCAAAUUCCAACAUUGCAAAUGGUUGACCUCUCAGAUAAUGAUCAACUUGAAGGUUUCUUACCAGAAUUUCUGUCGAAUGGAUCUCUUCAAACCCUAGUCCUUGGUAGAGCAUUUUUUUCAAGGUCAUUGCCAUAUUCGAUUGGAAACCUCAAACUAUUGUCUGAAGUUGAUCUUUCUUUUUGCAAUUUCAGUGGAGAAAUCCCGAAGUCAAUGGCAAAUCUCACCAAAUUGUUUCAUUUGGACUUGUCGAUGAACAGAUUCGUUGGACCAAUUCCAUCAUUAAGCAUGAGCAAGAAUCUGAAAACAAUAAGCCUUGGCAACAAUGAUUUAACAGGUCAGAUUACUUCCACUCGAUGGGUAGAUCUAUUGAAUUUGGAGACUCUUGAUUUGAGUUACAAUUCACUAGAAGGGAGUAUUCCAGUUUCUCUUUUUUCCCUUCCUUCAUUGCAAGAAUUACACCUUCAAAACAAUCAAUUUUCUAGCCAACUUGAUGAAUUUUCAACUACUCCUUACCUAUUGACUCAUCUUGAUUUAAGUCACAACAACUUGGAAGGGCAAAUUCCCAUGCCUGUGUUCAAACUACCUUCUCUUGGGCUACUUGAUCUUUCUUCAAAUCACUUCAAUGGCUCUUGGCAGUUUAGCAUGACUCAAAAAUUAAAGGAUCUUACCUUUCUCGAUCUUUCAUACAAUGAUCUCUCAAUUGAAUAUAGUGGAAUUAAUUUUUCACUAUUCUCUUUUCCCCAGUUUUCAACUUUGAGAUUGGCUUCUAACAAGUUGAAAAGAUUUCCAGAUUUCUUGCAAAACCAAUCCGCCUUAAACAUUCUAGACCUUUCAAACUGCCAAAUUCAUGGACAAAUACCACACUGGAUUUGGGAAUUUACUACAUUGAACCACUUAAAUCUCUCCAGUAACUACUUGGUGACACUAGAAAGACCUUUUCUCAAUGUUUCUUUCACGAGGGUGGUGGAUCUAAGCUCCAACAAACUCCAAGGGCCACUCCCGAUUCUCCCAUUUUUUAUUGAAUAUUUGGAUUUAUCCACAAAUAAUUUCCACUCGAGCAUACCAACUAGCAUCAUUAAAUCCAUGGUAAAUAUUCAUUUCCUUUCCCUUUCAAGCAAUAAACUUUAUGGGAAUAUCCCCAAAUCAAUAUGCAAUGCUACGGGUCUUCGUGUUCUGGAUUUAUCUAACAAUUUCUUGAGUGGCACAGUGCCCCAUUGCAUAUUUGAGAUGAGCGAGACUGGACCGGUGUUAACUGAGGCAAUUUUAGGGGUGUUGAAUCUAAGAGAAAACAACCUCUCAGGCAAAAUUCCUGAUGCGUUUCAAACCAAUUGUGGUUUGCAAACUUUAGAUCUUGGUGAAAACCAAUUAGAAGGAAAGUUUCCAAAAUCUUUGGCCAAGUGCAAAUAUUUGGAGUUCUUAGACACCGGGAAUAACAAGAUUGAGGAUACUUUCCCAUGUUACUUGAAGAAGAUAUCCAUGUUGCGUGUCCUUGUUUUGCAAUCAAACAAGUUUUAUGGACCUGUUGAUUGUCUGGAUUCUAAUGCCACUUGGCCAAUGCUUCAAAUUAUAAACUUAGCUUCAAACAAUUUUAGUGGUAAGCUGACAGAAAAGUCCUUUGGCGUCUUGAAGGCAUUUAUGGCAAAUAAAGAUGAGGCGGAAUUAGAGCUCAUUCAUCAACAGUUUCUGAUCUUUUCCCUGGAGUAUGGUUUUGAUUAUCAAGAUAAGCUGAGAAUUAUUGCCAAAGGUCUAUCCUUGAAUCUAGUGAAGAUCCUAACUAUUUUCAUCGUCCUUGACCUUUCAUGCAACAACUUUAACGGGCCUCUACCAAAGGAAAUUGGAAACUUCAAAUCACUAUACGUCCUCAACUUGUCUCAUAAUGUUUUCACCGGAAAUAUUCCAAAAUUUUUGGGAAAAUUAAGUAACCUCGAGUCACUAGACUUGUCAGGCAAUGAGCUUACUGGUGGCAUUCCUGUUGAACUUGCAGAUUGUCUAAUUUUCCUAUCAUUCCUGAAUCUUUCAUUCAAUCAAUUGUCGGGAAAAAUUCCACAAAUCAAGCAAUUUGCUACAUUCCCAAAAUCUUCCUAUAAAGGGAACAUAGGAUUAUGUGGCUUUCCUUUAGAAGAACAAUGCACAGGUGAAGGGCCGGGAUCGUCAACUCCACCAUCUGAAGAAUUUGACUCGAAUUCUGGGAUUGAAAUUGACUGGAACUUCUUAAGUGUUGAAUUGGGAUUUGUUUUUGGUUUUGGGAUUGCUAUUGGGCCUCUUAUGUUUUGGAAAAGGUGGAGGAUGUGCUACUACAAACAUGCUGAUGAAAUAUUUUUUAAGAUCUUCCCUCGGUUGUAUAUUACAAUAGAAAACCAUCGAAGACAAGCACGCAUGAACCAUAGACGAAAAGCUCACAGAAAUCAAGGUCGGAGGCAUGAGUGAUAUAUGGCUUGAUAUAUAUAUGAGCCAUGAGGAGUAAUGUUGUCAGAUUUGCAGGUGAUUUAUGGAAGGUGAGCAACGGGAUUUGGAAGCUAGCAUAAGUAACUAAUGUUGUUGCUAUUGUAUUUUAGCACUCCACUUUUUUACAGUUCGAUUGGCAAUAAAUGGAUAUGCUUUAAUAUAUAACUAGCUUUAAGUUUUAAUUUCGGUUAUGUCUUUUGUUUUAGGAAAAUAAAAACAAAAAAAAUACAUUGUCUCUUAGACUUUUGUCCAUAGAAUGUGUCCUCUACUCCGUCUAAAAUGGAGUAUGGGAUCUGUUUUAACUCUGUCUGGGAUAGAGUUGUGCUAUCUCUCAGGUGGUCUGAGAGAGGUUUGCAGCAUGGACUACACCAUGCCAGUCACAGCUAUGUAUUGCGGAGUCAUUAAUGUUGUAGUUGGCUUGUAAUGAAUGUUUCAAGUCAAAGUUGUAAAGUUCAUUAUUAAUGAAUGCAGUUUAUUUUAUAAAAAAUUAACAGUAGUAAGGUUUAUGCAAUAGAUGUUCUAGGGGAUAUAAAUAUGUAAUAUCCAAUUUGAGCUUUAAUAGCCAAAGUAACAUUUCGUGGAGUGCUAUGAAUAAAUAUUUCUUCAUCAUAUAGAUCAUUUCAUUUUCAGUCAUAAUAACUAUAUAUUGUGCAAUAGUUUAAGUGAAUAUUAAUUAGUUAUUUUGAUUGGAGAUGGAGAAUUUAGGAUGCAAUAGCCAUUCAAUAUUUUAGUUGUUGAUGUGUAUAUUUAAUUGCUAUAAAGUAUAUCGAGGGCAUGAAAGUGUAGCAGGAUUAAUGGGCUUGAGGAGGAACAAAAAGCACAAGAAAGAAGCUGUGGGCUUGACAGAGUUCCCUGUAAUGUUGCUUGAUGUCCGGCCAACCAAGAUAACUUGA